CGAAGCGCCGCGCUCAUGUAUCGCGGGGUCCGCCCAUCGCAAUGAAGUGCCUGUGGUUAUUUGUGAUCGUUCUGUGUUUUACGUGCGAAGCCGCAAACAAACCUCGGAGAGGACGCGGCAGCAUGUGGUGGGGUAUAGCCAAAGCGGGGGAGCCAAAUAAUCUAUCACCGAUUUCACCAGGGGUUCUUUACAUGGACCCGGCAGUUCACGCCACACUCAGGCGGAAACAGAGAAGGCUCGCCAGGGAGAACCCUGGAGUAUUAGCAGCAGUAGCUAAAGGUGCCAGCAUGGCUGUCGCCGAAUGCCAACACCAGUUCAAAUAUACAAGAUGGAACUGCUCCACAAGGAACUUCCUGAGAGGGAAGAACUUGUUCGGCAAAAUCGUGGACAGAGGUUGCCGCGAAACAGCGUUCAUCUAUGCGAUCACUAGCGCAGGAGUGACGCAUGCGGUGGCACGCGCGUGCGCAGAAGGCUCCAUAGAAUCAUGCACGUGUGAUUAUUCGCAUAUCGACCGCGUACCGCAUCGAACCCGCGCCGCUGCCGCCUCCAAUGUCCGCGUCUGGAAGUGGGGUGGUUGCAGUGACAACAUUGGCUUCGGCUUCAGAUUCAGCCGUGAAUUUGUCGACACCGGAGAAAGAGGCAAAACCCUGAGAGAAAAAAUGAACCUACACAACAACGAGGCUGGACGAGCGCAUGUGCAAACGGAGAUGCGGCAGGAAUGCAAGUGUCACGGCAUGUCUGGCUCGUGCACCGUCAAGACUUGCUGGAUGAGGCUGCCCAGCUUUCGCUCUGUGGGCGAUUCGCUGAAGGACCGCUUCGACGGCGCAUCGCGAGUCAUGAUGCCUAACACUGACCUAGAAUCACCAGCGCAGCGGAAUGAUGCGGCGCCGCACAGGGUGCCACGGAGAGACAGAUAUCGAUUCCAACUGCGGCCUCACAAUCCAGACCACAAGUCACCCGGGGCCAAAGACUUGGUUUACUUAGAAUCAUCGCCUGGUUUCUGCGAAAAGAACCCAAGACUAGGCAUCCCCGGUACACACGGGCGUGCCUGCAACGACACGAGUAUCGGCGUGGAUGGCUGCGACCUCAUGUGCUGCGGCCGAGGGUACCGGACGGAGACAAUGUACGUGGUGGAACGGUGUAACUGCACCUUCCACUGGUGCUGCGAAGUGAAGUGCAAGCUCUGUCCAACGGAAAAAGUGGUACACACGUGUUUAUAGACUCGCGGUCGCUGAUGACGAAGUGAUCAAUGAGAGAAACUUUAGUGUGGAACAGAUGUGAUUGUGACUCAGACUCGAGAGUGGACCUGUUUUCUCAUUCGGAGGUAGAUAACGGACCUUGUAUAUAAUCACUUCACUUUUUCAUCUAUCCAAGUCGUCGAAAUCGUAUAUCAUGUUGACUUAUGUAAAUAGUUUCUCUAUCACUGUUUAUUUCUUCUUUUAUACAUGAUAAUUGAUCCGGCGUAAAAUUAAAGUAAGCUACUCGUUCGGUUAAUUUAUUUGACUAUUAAGUGCGAACAUGUGAUCUAGUAACUUUAUUUUUUUUGGACACUGUCGUUCGGAAAUUAAUGAGACCAGUUUACAGACGAUUUAUUUCUAUCAUCGGCUCAUUUUGUAUUUAUUCUAAAUUGGACUUAUUGGUUUCCUUACGCGGUCAGCUGUGUAAUUUAUUUAUUCGUAGGUAUCGUACAUACUCGGCUGGACAUCCCAAGGAGACGCGUACGCGAACUGACAUUUCGUACCAGACUUUAUAUGAUAUUACUUAAUAUCAUUCCAAAGUUAAUAUUCAAGUUUUUCAGAGAAGUUAUUUGCAAUUAUUAAAACAGCGGUAAUAAUCAUUUGAGUUUUAUAAAUACUUUCUAUUUUAUGGACGUCCGCGUUGGGUGCAUGCUCGCAUAACUGUUUUGAGAUUCAACAGCGAAAUUAUCUUGUAAUUAUAAUUUCAUAUUAUAAUUAAACCGGCUAAUGGAAUUUGUGGCUUAAUGGCAUUUGCAUAAAGUGUCUUCUUGGGUGUUCAGCGGCGGAGGUAGCGUUGGGCUUAUCAGUCAGUAAGUAGCGCCGUCGUAAAAGUGUCCCACAUUACGAGAUAAACGCUUUGGAGAAUUUUAAUUAAAUAUUAAACGAAUUAAAUAAUCAGUAUUAUACGUAUAAUAUUGUAUGCGUGUUGCGUCUGAUACAUGCAGAUAGUGUCGCACGCGAACCAGGCUGACUCGUUAUAAACUAUGCUCGUCUCUUCAACCGCUCUUUGUGUAUAUGCAUGUGCUCCAAUAUCAACGUUAAUUUUUAACGUUUUUUUAACAUUGUGUUUGUAAUUAGACAGGAUUGUACAGCGAACUGUUCACUUGGCGAGUUUCUAUUCAAAAUCUUACAACUCAUCUCCUAUUUGGACUAACCAACUUGGAUUCAUUUCCAGAAUUAUCUUUGACACACUUUUGACAAAAUCUGCCUUUUCCCAUUUUCGAUGACAAUAAGUUUUGACAUUCCAAAUUCGGUAGUUUGCCAAUAAAUGAGGAAGCUUUAUUGAUCAUGCAAGUAAUUAUAUCAACUUGAAUGAUAUUUCAUAUGUGAUAUAUACAUAGUAUAGCCAGUAAGUAGGUAUAUAUAGGUAGUCUAAUCCUACUGAGCUUAAAUUGUGUAUAAUAAUGC